UUCGUUAUUUAAAUGAAGAUGGAUUCAAGAAAUCUACCGUUUGCGUGUGAAAGAGAGAAGUUUCGGAGAUGGAAACAACAAGUACUGCUUCAACUGUAAGGACCGAAAAGCUGCAGCCGCUGCAGCAUCAACCUUUGAGGCCAGAACAGGGGGUGAGAAAGAUGAGAGCAAUGGUGGGUAUUGACGAGAGUGAUGAGAGUUUCCAUGCACUCCAAUGGACCCUUGAUAACCUCUUGGAUCGUGUCACAGCAGCCGCACCUGAAGCUAGCGAAGACGAUGGUUUGCUGAUCACUCUUGUUCAUGUUCAGCAGCCUUUCUACCGCUACCUUAUCCCUGCUGGACCCGGAGGCACAGCAUUUUACAUGCCAUCUUCAGUGGAGGAAUCGAUAAAGAAUGAUCAAGAACAAAUUUCGAAAGCUUUACUCAAUCGUGCAUCGCAUAUGUGCAAGGAUAAAAUGGUUAAAGUAGAGACUUUGAUUCUUGAAGGCGAUCCAAAAGAAGAGAUAUGCCAAGCAACUGAGCAAAUGCAUGUUGAUCUUCUUAUCGUAGGCAACCGCAACCUUGGAAAGAUUAAGAGAGCUUUCUUGGGUAGUGUAAGUGACUAUUAUGCUCAUCAUGCAAAUUGCCCCGUCCUUAUUGUUAAGCCACCAAAAGAAGCCAACGAAGCAGCGACCAAUGCGCCCAAUUGA